UGCCCCCCAGGCAGUGUCCGUCAGACAGCAGUGACGCUGCACGAGGCGGUGUGGGGACACUUUGGGGACACUCUGCGCCUGGCCGUGCCCUCCCUCAUCUACACCCUCCAGAACAACCUGCAGUACGUGGCCAUCUCCAACCUGCCCGCCGCCACCUUCCAGGUGACGUACCAGCUGAAGAUCCUGACCACAGCGCUGUUCUCGGUGCUGCUCCUGGGGACGUCGCUGUCCCGUCUCCAGUGGCUGUCCCUGGCCCUGCUCUUCGCGGGGGUGGCGCUGGUUCAGGCCGAGGGCGCCCGGGGCGGGGCGGGGGCCGCGCUGUCGCCGUCGGCGGCCCCCGAGGGUCCCCCCCAGAGCUACGCCGUGGGGCUGGCGGCCGUGGCCGCCUCGUGCCUGUCCUCGGGCUUCGCCGGCGUGUACUUCGAGCGGCUGCUGAAGCGCUCGGGGGGCUCCAUCUGGGUGCGGAACGUGCAGCUGGGCGCCGUGGGCGCGGCCGUGGGGCUGGGGGCCAUGCUGGCCGCCGAGGGCUCCUCCGUGGCCGCCCUGGGCUUCUUCUACGGCUACAACGGCGCCGUGUGGGCCGUGGUGGUGAACCAGGCGGCCGGGGGGCUGCUGGUGGCCGUGGUGGUGCGCUACGCCGACAACAUCCUCAAGGGCUUCGCCACCGCCCUGUCCAUCGUGGCCUCCACGGCCGCCUCGGCGCAGCUCUUCGGCUUCCGCCCCCGGGGGCCCUUCCUGGCCGGCACCGCCAUGGUGCUGGUGGCCGUGUGCCUCUACGCCCGGCCCCGUGGCCACCCCCAGCGGGCACCCCCAGCACGGGCACCCCCAGCGUGGGCACCCCCAGCGUGGACACGGCGGGGACAAGUCAGUGGGCGC